UUGGAUGGAAAAUGGUUUGUGAAUAGAGGAACAGGGCAGACUGUUCUUUUCCGUGGAGUUAAUGUUGGUGGAGGUACAAAGCUACCUAUUGGUAUGCCUUCUCAUGAGCGUAAUGGAUUUUGGGUCGAUUAUGACCGAAAGGUGACAUUCGUUGGAAGACCAUUUCCACUAAAUGAAGCUGAUGAACACCUUGAUCGGCUUUCACAAUGGGGAUUUAAUCUUCUGCGAUUUGUUGUGACCUGGGAAGCUAUUGAGCAUCAAGGACCUGGUAUAUAUGAUCAAGAUUAUCUUGAGUAUGUAGUAGAGGUGUUGAAAAAAUGCAAGAACUAUAAAUUGAAAGUCUUUAUUGAUCCUCAUCAGGAUACUUGGUCUAGACAAUGCGGAGGGUCUGGGCAUCCCGGGUGGACCCACCCGCUUGUUGGAUUGGAUCCAUCAAACUUUGGACCUACUGCAGCUGCAAUCGUUCAGAAUACUUAUCCGACUCCAGAAUCGUUCCCAAAAAUGAUUUGGAAUACAAAUUACCAAAGACUGGCAGCCGCUACCCUCUUCACACUUUUUUUUGCUGGAAAACAUUAUGCACCACUAUGUAUUGUCAAUGGAGUAAAUAUACAAACCUACCUACAGAGCCAUUAUUUCAAUGCGAUAAAACAAGUUGCUUAUCGUAUUCACGAUAACGAUUUGGAAGAUUCGGUUGUAAUUGGUUACGAUAGUAUGAAUGAACCCAAUCAGGGCUAUAUCGAUAUUCCCGACAUAACGAAACUUAGUGAAGACGAUAUUGCGUUCAAGAUGGGGCCUAUGCCAACUGCGUACGAAGGGAUGCGACUGGCUUCUGGUAUACCUACAGCGGUUCAGAACUGGGUUUUUGCCUGGAAUGGACCCAGGAAAGAUGGUACUAUUAUGCUGGAUCCAGAAGGCAGAGAGGCGUGGCUAAGUGAAGAAGCGCUCCAUGAAGCAUGUGUUAUAUUUGAUUGGAAAAGAGACCCCGCAUGGACUUCUGGAUGUAUUUGGGACAUACACGGUAUUUGGGACAGGAAAUCCGAGACUGUAAUUCAGCCAGAAUAUUUCGCUAAAGGCCAAUAUCACAAGUAUUGGAUUGAAUUUCUACAAAAUUACACAGAGGCUAUUCGAAGUAUCCACACUGACGCCAUUAUAUUUGUCCAACCUCCGGUUAUUGAAGCACCGCCGCUUAUACCCCGCUCUCUAGAGCGUCUAGCAUAUGCGCCGCACUGGUACGACGGUCUGACCUUGGUAAAGAAAAAAUGGUGUAGUUACAACGUCGAUGUUGUAAAUCUUAAUCGAGGAAAAUAUGGCACGGGCCCUCUAAGAUUUUUACGUGCAUUAAGAGUAGGCGAGAAAGCCAUUCGACAGUGUUUUGUGGACCAGCUCCAAACAAUCCAAUCAGAGGGACAAGCUAAUGUCGGUGAUUACCCCUGUGUCAUUGGAGAAAUCGGCAUUCCCUUCGAUAUGGAGCAAACUUCAAAAUCUAUUCAUUCCGACUCUUCAAUCAGCACACCAAACUCUGAUCAAAACAAGGCUAUGGAUGCGAACAUGAAUGCGAUAGAAAGUAACCUACUCAACUGUGCCAUUUGGCAUUAUAUGCCAGAUAACGAUUCAUUCUGGGGAGACUGUUGGAAUGGUGAAGAUUUGAGUAUCUUGCAACUAGAG